GGUCAACAAACACUGCCUGUGGCACCACUGAAGACUGUUCCCAUAAGUCAUGGACAUUUCAGCUGUAAAUGCUCUUUCUUACGAGGAUUUUGUGAACACUUUCGGUAACGUGGUGGAGAAAUGUCCUGUUAUAACAGCCGCUGUGUGGUCGAAGCGUCCGUUUGUGAGUUUGAAUGCUCUGGAGGCUGCUAUCAGUGACUUCAUCGACGAGCUCCCAAAAUCAGGUAAAGAGGGGAUCCUAAGGUGUCACCCCGACCUGGCCGGCAGGGACCUGCAGAGAGGCACCUUGACCCGGGAGUCACGCCGGGAGCAGGCGGGAGCCGGAAUGGACGCGCUGACCUCGGGGGAAGCCGAGCGCAUGGCCCGUCUCAACGAGGAGUAUAAAAAGCGAUUCGGCUUUCCAUUUGUCAUCUGCGCCCGGAUGAACGACAAAGCGAACAUCUUGCUGCAGCUGUCCGAGCGCUGCCAGAACGAGCGUGCAGUGGAGAGAGCGCGCGGCAUCGAGGAGGUGAAGAAGAUCUGCCGCUUGCGCCUCCAAAGUCUGCUGCUCACUGAUGGCGCGAACAAAUUAUGAAGUGCCGGAGGUUGAGUUUUGCGCCAGUUUGCCUCUAAACCUCAUCAUUCGGGCUCAAGGGCUGUGGUAUAUUUUAAUUCUGAAUGUAUCCAUAAAAUCUCAAUCAAUAAAACACGUGGAUCAUUGAUUCUAAUUAACAAUCUCCAUAAUACAGCUUAGUGUAUAUACAAGUGUAAACUGAUGUAUGGAAAACAACAGCACUGAUAAUCAUGUAUGUGGUCCGUUGUCGGGAAAGGAGUUCGUCCUCGGUGAAUUUGUUGUCUCCGCGUGCCAUCUGGUGUUGAACCUAUCUCAGAGGAUGUUUGGCGAUGAAGAAACGUCCGUAAAUAAUCCCCCCCUCCCCUCAAUCUUUUCAGAAAAAAAAAAAAUGUACAUGUUUCCUAAAACUUGGAUUUGAGUUUCAGUCAAAGUUAUAAUGAUCCCUUAAAUAUGAGUUCAGGUCUGAGUCUUAAAAAUCUUAAAGUCUUAAAAAUAUAUCCGCUGGAUCUAUGCGCUCUCUCUGGAGCCGGAGGCAGACAGACCGUGCAGAGGGGACAUGGGGGGUGUGGUGGCGUGAGGUCCGUUUGAGGAGGAAACCCCUCCCGCGGUCUCCCCCUGGUCCCCAGAGGUGAUGGAGGAGUCCUGGUCGGGGUCGGCCCCCCUCGCCCUCCUCCGGUCCUCCUCCUUCUUCCACUUCAUGCGCCUGUUCUGGAACCAGAUCUUGAUGUGGCGCUCGGUGAGGCUGAGGGUCAGCGCCAGCUCCACGCGCCUCGGCCUCGAGAUGUAGCGGUUGAAAAGGAACUCCUUCUCGAGCUCCAGCAGCUGGGCGCGCGUGUACGCAGUCCUCGUGCGUUUGUUUUCUUCAUUCUCAGUCAUCACGUAUGACCCUAAAACCACACGGAGAAUUAGCGCCCUUUAAAAACAAGAAUAUGUAAUAAAAAUGAAUUUUUAUUAAAA